AUGGGCACGGCGGGCAACCUGCAUCUAGCGCACAUGGACCGGUCGCCUCUGGGCCCGGACUCCCCCCAGUGCCUGCAGCUCGCAGCUCUCUACGAGCUUGCUCUUGACUCCGCCAAGACUGGCCACGUGGUGGAGGGGCUGGGGCGGUUUAAGGUGGAGAGCUACCCGCACUUCAUGCGCUCGUCCACGCGCACGUGCUACCACUCCACGUCGCUCAUGGGGCAGAUGUUUGACGCCGUGCAGGAGGAGCGGCGCAAACACGUGGUCGACUCAGGCGCAGUCACCCCAGACGCGGGCAUAGCUCAGCUGGCCAGCAGGGACCCCAACGGUGCUGCCAGCCGGGCCAAGUGGGAGGGGCUGUUGGGGCAGUACGAGGUGCAGGUGCGCGACGUGGUGCGGCAGAGAACCACGCUGCUGGGAGGGGCACGCAGAGCCAAGCUCGCGGCUAUCGAAAACGAGUUCCGGCAGGAGCUUGAGCAAGGAUGGACACGCUCCUUUGAACAGCCGUUCCGCCCGCUGCACAUGCUGUAUGAAGCUGCAUCCCUAUACAUGGCGGGGUAUGAGACGGCACGGAGAGAAUUGGCAUUACAGGCCGAGAGACGGGCUGAGGCGUUGGCGGGCUGCGGGACUGGUGGAGAGGUGGGCGGGGAUGUUGAGAUGACGACGACUGGGGAUGGUGAUGGAGCGGGUGAGGAUGAAUGGGAUGGUGCGGGAGGGGAUGAGGAAGAGGAGGGUGUUGGAGAUAACAAGGGAGAUGAUGAUGAUGAGGUGAUGGAGUAUGAUGAGGGGGAGGAUAUGGAAGAUGAGGACCUGGCUGAUUGCACCAAUAGAGCCACGCUUGCAUGUCGUUUCGUCUGGCAUGUUGGUGAAGAGGCUCUCAUCACGGGGUUCCCGUUCCCGCUGCGUCCCUUCCUCAGCCGCAAGACAUAUCGCUAUGAGGUCGACCGCGGCAGCAUUUGGUGCUUCGAGCAGGAGCAAGGACUGGGCUUCAGCAACGUCACCACCAACGUCAGAAUGACGGUUAUCAAGCUCAAGUCCGGCGGGCUUUUCGUCCACGCGCCCAUUGCCCCCACUGCUGAAUGCCUCAAGCUGCUCAAGGAUCUGAACCUCCCUGUGGAGCACAUCGUGCUGCCCACCUUCGCGUACGAGCACAAGGUCUUCGCAGGGCCGUUCGCGCGCGCGUUCCCCAAGGCGCGCACGUGGGUGGCGCCGCGCCAGUGGAGCUGGCCUAUCAACCUGCCCCUGCCGUUCCUCGGGCUCUUCGGAGGGACGGUUUUGGCGGAGGACGGACCCAAGCCGGACGAGUGGCCUGAGGAGAUUGACUAUAAGAUCUUCGCGUCCCCUGAAGUUGGCAUAGGCCCGUACGUGGAGAUUGCAUUCUUCCACCGUCCCUCGCGCACGCUGCUGCUCACAGAUGCAGUGAUCGUGGUGCCCCGGGAGCCGCCGCAGGUGGUGCGCCCUGAUGCGCUGCUAGACGCUGCUCGCAAUGGGCUUGCCGUGCGCGUGCUCUCCGCGGGACGAGAAGUGCCGGAUGUGGAAGUGGAGGAUACGGAGGAGUUCAGGACUCUUGGGUGGCAGCGCAUGGUGCUGCAGAUCCUCUUCUUUGGCCCGGGCAACCUGCUGGAGCCUGAGGAGUCGUUUGAGCGCAUCUGUGGCAAGCUUGUGGUCUCACCCGUUGUCAAGACACUCGUCUUUGACAAAGUCCCUGCACAGGCCCUAACAUGGAUCAACAGCAUCACAUCCGAUUGGGCCUUCACUCGCAUUAUCCCAUGCCAUUUUUCCUCACCCAUCGCCGCCACUCCGGCCGACCUACGAAAGACCUUUGCCUUCCUCCAAGACCUAAUCCCCCCCGGCUCUGCCUCACCAUUCCCUGUCAUUCCGUCACUACCCGCGGUGGCAUUCCCGAGCUUUGGGAGCUUGUUUGGGGGCGGGAAGGAGGCUGGGAAGAGAGUGGAGGUGGUUACAGAGUAUGCGGAGGACGAUUUAGCGACGCUUACCUCGCUUGAUUCGGCUUUGGUGUCGCUUGGAGUGGUGAAGAGGACUGGUGAUCCUUAG